AAUAAUAAUAAUAACAAUAAUAAGUUAUACAGUAUACAUGUUCAUAUCAGUGAAUAAACCUAUAUAUAUUCGUAUUUAUUCUUGAAGCACACUCAUUUUAUCAUUUACAAUAAACUAUGCUGUUUACUAAGUAUUAUAUAAUAGGAAUAAUAAUAUAUAUUACUUUAAUGAAUUCAAUUUAUACAUAUUCUAAUUAUCGUUAUAAUGGAUUUAUGGGUCAAUCUAAAAAAGAUUCAUAUGAGGCUAUUAACUUUCCAUUGAAAACAAUUCAUGGGCGUAAAUAUGAUAUGGAUUAUGGAAAUGGAUUUAUACCAGAUAAUUAUGGUAAUCAUGAUAACCACGAUGAUCAAGAGUAUGAUUCAUAUCAUAGUAAUGAUUAUGAUGAUAGUGAUAAGCAUAAUUAUGGUCAUGUUAAUUUAGCAGAACAAUCAAUGCGUAAAUUAAAAGAACUGAAACAUCGUAAAUACAAUGAAGAGUAUAGAGGUGAUAUUGAAGAUGAAGAGGAAGUUGGAGAAUAUAAUAAUCGAUAUUAUAGAUCACGUGAUGAGUCGGAUGUCGAAUCAACACAACCAGCGACUGAAGGGCCUAGAAGAACUACAACGACUCCAAUUUUUACGGGAGAGUAAAGUAUUCAUCUACUAAUUCAGAGUAUUCAGAUAAUGAAUUAAAAAAAAUCAACAUGUAAAUGAGUUAACUGACAUUUUUAAUGAUCUGAUAUCAUGAAUAUAUGUUGUACGAUUUAAUAAAACAAUACCGUCAUCAAGUAUAAUUUUUUUAAGAGUUCAUUAGUCUGUAUUUCUUAGCAAAGAGAAUUAAAGAUAAUUUUG